AACCUAUUCGCGCAUGCCACCCGCUUGGCAGUGAUGUCUUUCAUCGAUGAGACCAUCAACCACCCGGUCCCCAUCCUAUCCUCAUUUGAACCGCACAAUGCAUCACACAACGAGCAAUCCCUGACUACGGUGGACAACGAGAAGGGAAAAAUCGCCGACGAACAGCCAUUGGAAAAUGCCGAUGCCAGCGAAGAUAGCGAUCCAGAUGUCGUCCUCGUGGACUUUGACGAGAACGACCCGGAAAACCCGCUGAAUUGGUCGCCAGUGCACAAAUGGCUGAUUGUGAUUGUUGUUUCAUGGAUGGGGUUUGUCAGUGUCUUCUCAACAAUGACAAUCGUACCCACGGCACCCGAAAUCCUCCAAGAAUUCCAUUCACACAGCUCAGUUGACCAGACUCUCCUCGUCACGAUCUGGGAACUCGGCGAAGGAAUCGGCCCAUUUUUCAUCGCGCCGCUGUCCGAGAGAUUCGGUCGACUUCCCGUCUUCCAUAUCGGGAAUUUCCUCGCGCUGCUCUGCUUAGUCGCCAGCGCGCUGAGCGUCAACAUCUCCAUGCUGAUAGCCUUUCGCUUCUUAACGGGUUGUUUCCUAUCCAUUCUCACCCUGGGCCCCGCCAUUGUCGGGGACCUGUUCAAAAUGGAACAGACCGGCCGCUCCAUGGCAAUAGUCAUGGGUACGCAAAUGAUCGCGGAUUUCAUCUCCCCUAUCGCGGGCGCGUAUAUCGCUGAGGACCUGGGUUGGCGGUGGUCCAUUUGGCUGGCGGCUAUUGUGCUGGGGUUCUUUAGCUUGCUUUUACUGCUGGUGCUAAGGGAGACGUACACGGUUGUUCUGCUGAGGAGGAAGGCGGAGCGAUUACAGAUGGAGCGCGCGGGCGCAGACGACAAUAUUCACCUGAAGUAUCAGUCCGAACAUCAGGCUCAGAUCGAUGCAUCAACUAUGCUUGAGAGCGCUAUCAAGCCAAUGCAAAUCCUCUUUCGAUCUCCUAUCCUCAUAAUGACCACGACAUACAUGUCUACGACCUACGCCCUGGUGUCAUUGAUCAUGGCCACCCUCACAGAAUCCAUGGAAUCGACCUACCCCGGCACCUUCACCAGCGGCUCCAUCGGCCUUACAUUCCUCAGUCUCGCCAUCGGCAACACCGUCUCUUUAAUCUUCUACAGUUUCACCUCCGACCGCUACGUCAUCCAUCAGAAAGAAACAAAAGGCGACGCAUUCAAGCCCGAGUCGCGGCUAGUGCAUUUGAUUCUCGCUGCUGUGAUCCUGCCUGCGGGAUUUAUCAUCUACGGAUGGACGUUGGAUUAUCAUGUUCAGUAUAUCGUGCCGCUGGUUGGAACGUGUCUCGCUGGCUUCAGCAUGACGCUUUCUGCUAUUCCGGCGGAGACUUAUGUCGUGGAUACAUAUGAGAUUCAUGGGGCUUCGGCUAUCGCUGCUGGGGUGAUUUUCAGAGCUAUUGCAGGGGCGUUUCUGCCCUUGAUCGGUCCAGCUCUGUAUGACAGUAUCGGGCAAGGAUGGGGGAAUACGGUGCUGGCUUUCAUUGCGGCGGCUUUCAUUCCGCCGUUGGGAGCGCUGAUGAUAUACGGGGAUUGGUUUAGAAGUAAGGAGCGAUUCGGCAGGGAGGGACGGUAGAUACUACAUAGAGUCGAAUUGUUGUUUGUUUGUCCUUAGUAAAUGUUAUAUACUCCAUUCUAC